AUGCUAUCAGUUCUGUUCGUUAUCCUGUCGCUGAUUUCACUGAUCAACUGCCGAUCAAUUGAGGUUCGACUACCGGAUCAAGAUGUCCCAGAGGAAACACCUGAAGAAACUUUUUUGCGGUCAGAUACCAACAAAGAUAAUCAGUUAAGUUUUGAUGAAUUUCUUCGUACAGAACUUGUAUACGUUUUGGUGAAGCAAGACGAAUUCAACAACUACGAUACCAACAAAGAUGGUAUAGUAUCACGUAACGAAUAUGAAGCAGUUCAUAAGAAGGAACAACAGCAAAAUGCUGAACUUCAAGCACAGUAUUAUGCACAACUCUUUGAGGAGUUUGAUGAAGACUUUGAUAUGAAGCUGAACGAAAACGAAGUACGAAACUUUUUUGCAAAACGACUUUUAUUGAAACCUGGUGAUAAUAAUAAUUUUGAAAAAACUUUCAAGAAAUAUGAUGUCGAUAGAGAUGGUGCUUUAGAUAUUGCAGGUUUGAUCAGUUCUUCCUUUUUUUUUUGUCUACUCUUUUUUUUUCUACUAUUAUAAAA